AAAAUGCCACCUCACGUCUGCUUUAAUCGACACAAGAAAAAUAUUGGAUCAUUGGUGUGAGCAAAUAAUAAUUCUUCAUGGCCCAUUUCAGGCCUACCUCUCUCAGACCUAAUAUUCAACUAAACAAAAAGUCACUCUUUCACCUUCCACUACUUCAUAUAUCCAUUUUUUAUCUUUGGAAUUCUGAAACAGUCCGAUGAGAACCACUUCUCAGAUUUCCAAAACUCACUAUAUAAUAUCCACAGCCUUCUUCCACUUCCUUCGUAUUCCAACUUAAUUCCACACUCCAGCGACAAAGAGGCAGACUCUUACUCUUCUCCUUCCUCACUGCAACUUUAUUAAUCUCCUUGCUUUAGCCUUUUACCUCUCAAGUCAUUUUACCAUUUCUUCUAACCAUCGGCUCUCACCUGAUUUCCUUAGCUAAUUAAUUUAUUACGUUUACAGCAGCUCACCCUUGGAGAGCAACCGAUGGAGAGUGUGAAGAGGGAGACAUCAAAAAAAUGUAAACGAGUUUUAAGAGAGCAAAAAAGCGACGGAGUAAGCGAUGGGGCUUUUGUUUCUUGGUUUUGUGUUCUGGUCAGAGAAGCACAUAAAAGAAAGCCAACAUCGUUCUUUUUUUAGUGUAAAGCCAACGCCACUCAACUCUGGUACUUAGUCCGAUGGGAUCUCCGCCGCAUUCUCAAUCAUCCAUGGGCCGCUACUCACGAGAAUCCUCCUCAACCCGAUUCUCCGGGUCUUUGAAACCCGGGUCUCGGAAAGUCAACGACGGCUCAAAGCGGAAAGGACACGGCGGAGAGAAGCAGUGGAAAGAGUGUGCGAUGAUCGAAGAAGAAGGGUUGUUAGAUGACGGCGAGAGAGAUCGUGGCAUGCCUCGUGGGUACUAUGUCUUGGCCUUCAUCGUUGGGUUCUUCAUACUCUUUGGUCUCUUCUCUUUGAUUCUGUACGGAGCUGCUAAACCUCAGAAACCGAAGAUAACUGUCAAGAGUAUAACAUUCGAGACGCUCAAGAUCCAAGCUGGUCAAGAUGCUGGUGGUGUAGGAACAGACAUGAUCACCAUGAACGCGACUCUGAGUGUUUCGAUUUAGGCAAACAUCGUUCUUAUUCAGGUCAUUCUUCCUCUUACAUAUCUGCUGUAGUGUUUCGAUUUUAAUUGUCAUACCUGCCUUAAGUAUUGACAUAUCUGAUGCUCUACCUGUGGACUCUGGAGUAAAGUCCUGUUAUGUAGUGAUCUAUGAUGUUCUCCCUUGAUUAUUGCAUAUUAAAAAAAAUGAUUACCAUACAAUAUGAAUGCAAGUAUCUCCAAUCAUUUUUUUUACAUACAUGAAUACAGGAACAUAUAUUACUUCUGUCAAGCACCAAGAGAGGACUACUUUCAGCGAGCCAAGCCUUACAAAGAUCAUCCUACCACUGCAAGGUAUCCUCUUUUUCAUAUUGGUGCACCUUUGAUACUUAGAUUGUGGUUUUUUGUACUUUCAUCAACACGGGAGAUGUCAUCUGGAGAUGUUUCCGUUAUAUAGUUGUGCUUGAAUGGUUGGAUAUGGGUUACUAACACAUGAUGCAGAAGCUGGCAAAGGAUCUGAGUGUAGUGAUGCCGGUUAGCUUUUUUUGAGUAGGCAAAUUAACGCACUUACAACUCUAUUGACAUUAUUGACUCUGAUGGAACUAACCUCGGGAUUUAUAGGAAGUCGCAUACCCCUGAUGGACCAGGUGAAUCAAGUUUGGGGUUAGAAACCCCUCGACUUUCUUUUGAUGAUAUAUUUUCUAUUCUUUAGGUUAAGAGAAAUAUUUUUUCAAUCAUGGUGACACUGGCUUUAAAGUAGUUUCUGAGUAGAAGAAUCUCCGAAUUAAACAUUUUCUUACUUUAUCAUUGCUAUUUGGUUAACAUGUAUAAGCGAAAUUUUCUUGCUUAGCUUUUUCGUGUGAUUUAUAAGUAGACAAAAUCAUAACUGAAGUAUUGGUGCAAUGUUUUAUUCAGCUAUAUGUUGGGAUCAAUGGUUUCCCGAGGCAGCUAUACUGUUUUAUCCCACUGCCAUUGGCUCUGAACCUCAAGACCAGGGAUUGGAUUCGGGGUGAUCAUUGGAGGAGCCUUUCCUGCUAGAGCUAAUGUAGUGAGCUAUUAG